AUGGCCGCCAACGAAUCUCAUGUCACGGUGCAGAAACGCCUUCAUUAUGCACCUCCCUGGGCCGAUGUGUCUAUCAUUGGCAUUGCAGGCUCGUCGGGCUCUGGCAAGUCGACGCUGGCGCAUGCCAUUUGCAAGAAGCUGAACCUGCCGUGGGUCGUCAUCUUGUCCAUGGAUUCCUUCUAUAACCCCUUGACGCCGGAACAAUCCAAGAAAGCGUUCAACAACGACUUCGACUUCGACUCCCCAGAGGCUAUCGACUUUGAUGUCUUGACGCAGUGUCUUCGAGACCUCAAGGCUGGUAAGAGAGCAGAGAUUCCUGUCUACUCUUUCGCCAAGCACCAGCGUCUGGACCAUUCUACCACGAUUUAUUCACCACAUGUUUUGAUCCUCGAGGGCAUCUUUGCCCUGUACGACCAACGUAUUUUGGAUCUACUGGACAUGAAGAUUUUCUGCGAGGCCGAUCCCGACACAUGCCUCUCUAGACGAGUUCUUCGCGAUGUCAGGGAACGCGAUCGUGACGUCGAGGGUAUCAUGAAGCAGUGGUUUGGAUUCGUCAAGCCCAAUUUCGAGAAGUAUGUCGAGCCGCAACGCAAGGUGGCUGAUGUCAUCGUUCCUCGUGGUAUUGAGAACCACGUUGCUAUGACCAUGGUGGUUCAGUACAUUGAGCGAAAGCUGCUUGAAAAGUCAACGCAUCACCGUGCCGCCUUGACUCAACUCGAGAUCGACGCAGCUGCAGAGCCGCUAUCUGACAAGGUCUUCAUCCUUGAUCAGACGCCACAGUUGCGGGGCAUGAACACGAUUCUCCAAGACAUUGAUACCUCUGCCGAGGAUUUCAUCUUUUACUUCGACAGGCUGGCCUGUCUUCUGGUUGAGAAGGCACUCAACAAUGUCCGAUUCAAAGAGUACGACGCAGAGACGCCCGCGGGCUACAAGUACAAGGGUCUCCAGGCCAAGGGUGAGGUUACGGCAGUGCUCGUGCUCCGUGGCGGCGCCGCGUUUGAGACGGCAUUGCAUAGACUGAUCCCCGACUGCCGCACCGGGCGUAUCCUCGUCCAGUCGAACGUGCGAACUGGCGAGCCAGAGCUGCACUAUCUGAAGCUUCCUAGCCAAAUCGAGAAGAGCGAAAGUGUGCUCUUGAUCGACACACAGAUGGCCAGCGGCGGUGCGGCGCUGAUGGCCGUGCAGGUACUCGUUGACCACGGCGUUGCGCAAGAGAACAUCGUGCUAGCGUGCUAUCAUGCUGGCAAGCUAGGCGUGCACCGGUUGACCAAAGUCUUCCCCGGUAUAUCUGUCGUGCUGUGUAACAUGCUGCCCGACAGUGAGAACCGUUGGGUGGAGAAGAGGUACUUCCGGUGCUAA